UUUUCAAUAUGGCGACGCUAUAGUACGUCGAGGGAAGUGUAUUUCUCGUUUUCUAUUUUUAUUCAGUAAAUCUAAAUUAUUUUUACGCAAUAUAACCAGCCGUAUAUAGUGACCCAAAUAUAAAUAUUUUUUUUUCCAAAAAUAUCUUUAAAAUUAAUACGUAACAUCAAAAACAUAAGUGGAAGUGCGUUUCUAAUGGAACGUCCGACAAUAAUAUAGAAACAUGAAUUGGAAAAAUGCAGUGUGGUUGUAAACGCGCACUCGUAUUACAGCUCGAAUUACGUGUAUACAGGAAUACCUAAACAAUAUUCCCGUGGUGCAUGAUUCACGAGGUUAGAGGUUACGGUGCGAUGUGUAAUUGAAUUCAUUAAACUGAACGCGGGGUCGUAGUUCUUGGAUGUUAUCUCGUAAUAUUCACUACAACGAUCGCAAUGAUUGAGAGCGUCUCUCGUCGGGCCUUCAGUAGUUCCAGCGGUACGUAUAAUGUCCGCGCAUCGGAGCUGGCUCGAGAGAGGAAGCUAAACAUCUUCAAUGUCACGAUCGUGUUGUUGGACGAUACCCAGCACUCGUUCCAAAUUGAGAAAAAAGCUAAAGGAAGCGUUCUGCUGGAACUGGUGUUUCAACAUCUUGAGUUGAUAGAGAAGGACUACUUUGGAUUACAAUUUACUGAAAAUGGGUCUCCUCCAAAUGCAACGAAUACAGAAAUAACGCGUUGGUUAGACAGCGGCAAAUCGGUAAAGAAGCAAGUCGGUGUCAACGCACAGUUUUGGUUGGCAGUGAGAUUUUAUCCCCCUGAGCCUUGCCGCCUGGCUGAAGAGUUCACGAGGUACCUCCUAUGCUUGCAACUGAGAAAACUCUUGUUGGAUGGUAGAAUGAGUGCUCCGAAGAACACCGCUCUGUUGCUUGCAUCUUUUACCGUACAGGCUGAAAUAGGCGACUACAAUGCCACAGAACAUCAGCCGAACUACCUGUCAGAGCUGUGCCUUAUACCCAAGCAGUCAGCAGAAGACGAGCGAAGAAUUAGAGAACUGCAUAAGUUACAUAAAGGGCAGUCACCGGCUGAUGCGGAGGCGAACUUUCUAGAACACGCGAAGAGGUUGGAUUGUUAUGGGGUUGAAUCACAUCCUGCAAAGGACUAUCACGGAAAGGACAUAUUCAUUGGCGUGACGUCAAUCGGUAUCGUCGUAUUCCAGAACAGUACGCGAGUGAACACUUUCUCUUGGAGCAAGAUCGUCAAGAUAUCCUUCAAGAAGAAGCAGUUCUUCAUACAACUUAAACGAGAACCAUCGGAGUCCUACGACACGGUGCUGGGCUUCAACAUGCGGUCGGGGCGUGCUGCCAAGGCGCUGUGGCGGUGUAGUGUAGAACGACAUGGCUUCUUCCGACUCAGAGCGCCGCGCCGCCGCCACCUGCUGGAGAGCUUCGGCGCGUUCGCCGGCGUCGCGGCGCCCACCGUCGCGCGCACCGAGACGCAGGCGCUGGAGGACGCGCGCCGCUCGCGCUCCAGCAACAGGAGCUUCGUGAGACGCAGCAGCUCCCGGACGAGAGAGCGAUCGGCGGGCGCGUCACCCGCUCUGUGCGUCAACAGUGCGCGCGGCGCACGCGUCACGGCGCACGACGAGCCGCCGCCGCGCGCCGCCUGGGGCGACGCAGCGCGCGACAUCGAGGACAGCGACGGUGGUUUCCUCGAGCGCGCGUUACGGGUUCCAUUCCCGUUCGUGGACGAAUCGGAAUCGGAAUCGGCGCCGGAGCAAGCGGAGGACGAGACGGAGGGAGUGGAGGGCGCUGUGUUCGUGCACCUCUCCGCCGGACCGGACGGCCGGUUCGGGUUCAACGUCCGGGGCGGAGGGAACGGUGUCCCGGUGCUGGUCUCCAGGGUCGCGCCGAGAACGAGGGUCCAUUUGCAAGAGGGAGAUCAGGUGAUAUCGAUAAACGGCAAAGACGUGGAUGAAAUGACACACGAACAAGUCGUCCAAAUGAUCAGAAACACGAAAGGAGUUCUAACAUUACUUGUGAAGCCAAAUGCUGUAUACGAACCAGAAACAGGUCCCGAAGAGCCGGCAGUGUGUUUCGUUCCCCUCGAACCUGUGGAACAGCUGGAAGGUGAUCCAUUGGAGCAGUCCAUGCUUCUGCUGGGAGACGGCUUAGCCAGCGGAGCGGCUUUGAAGCAAUACGAGACGUUGUUAAGAAGAUUGUCGGAGGAAUGUUCUUCUGUAGCGAAACUCCAACAAAACAUCAACAAGAAUCGAUAUAGAGACAUAGCUCCAUAUGAUUCAACGCGAGUGAUAUUGAAGAACAGCCCGACCGGGGACUACAUCAACGCUUCGUACAUCAACAUGGACAUACCCAACUCUGAUCUGGUACUGACUUACAUCGCUACGCAAGGUCCACUAGCAUCAACAGUAGGCGAUUUCUGGCAAAUGGUAUGGGAGUGCGAGAGCAGUUUGGUGGUGAUGUUGACAGUGUUGGCCGAGCGGGGGCGCGCCAAGUGCCACCAAUAUUGGCCCAAGGUUGGCACCACGCCGCUCAAGGCAACCAACACCUUGACCGUCCUGACCAACAGUGAGCAAAAUCUAGGACACUAUGUAAGAAGGGAAAUGAGUUUAAAGGAGUCGAGUAGUGGGGCGAGUCGGAACGUCACCCAGCUGCAGUACACGGCGUGGCCGGACCACGGCGUGCCGGAGGACUCCACCGCCUUCAUCAACUUCACGAAGCUCUGCUCGCAACUCAGGAACCAUAGAGCAGUUAUACCAACAGUAGUCGAAGAGCUAGCCGCCGAAGAGGAGCGAGUGCUUGAGCCGCCGAUGAUUGUGCACUGUUCGGCCGGCGUUGGGCGCACGGGGGCUCUUAUACUAGCCGAGACAGCGUUGGAACUGUUGGCUAGAAGACAACCUCUCUACCCUCUGGACUUAGUUCGAACUAUGCGUACUCAGAGACCCAUGUGUAUACAAAAUGCUAGUCAAUACAAGUUUGUAUGCGAAAGUAUCCAAGCCGCGUACUCGCAGGGUGUUAGUACUAUAGAGAAACCGACCAACUGAUGACCGACCCCUCCCCUCGGGGACGUUUAUGCGAAAUUAGCACUUAUUUGUAACAAGGUAACGCUCUGGUUCCUCUGCCAACCCGUUGGACAUAACCUUGUUUAUUAGAUACAAUUUUGAUACUUGAAACUAGUCUAAACAAAUCUUUUGUAUUGAAAAAUGACACGUAUUUAUUAUGUUUAUAAGGUCGUAUUUCUUUUAACUACUUUGACAUAGUGGAAGGAAUUUUGUAUGCUCUCUUUUUUCUUGUACAGUAGCAAAUAUGAGAUGAAUUUGGCAAACUGUUGGGCUGAAUUUGGGACAAACGUUACUAAUACUAAAAAAACUGAUUUGGACCAAUUUUACACCAACAAUUUUGGCAAAAUACAGCCAAUAUUGGAACCAAUGUUUGUGUUGUAAAAAUCAUUGAUUAAAAUAGCCUUAUUAGGCUUACGUGAAUACUUUAGUGAAUUGGAACUCACUUAAUAUUAUACUCUACCGCGUUCUUGGAAGUUUUUAUAUGAAAAAAAUAAUAUCUGUUAUUUUUUUAUUGGUUUUACUACAAGGGUAUUUUUAUCAUCGUCUCUUAGACAAAUAUCCUUUUUUUUAAUCAUAAUCGAGCGCCUCAUUAGGCAUGUAACCAUAGACCCAAACUUUAUUUAACAUUGUGGUUAACAAUUAACUCGAAUUAAUUAAAUGAAGACGACAUAUCAAUAAUAAAUAGGCAUCAAAUUACUUUUUAAUAAUAAUUCUUAUAUUUAGAUUAAUUUAACAAUUGACACGUUGACAAUCAAACGUAUUUUUAAAACAAGUCGAAUCUGUGGCAUUGUUUGUUUUAAAAAAAAAAACUUAAUUUGUAAUUGACUGAUAAUGAUGAUGACAAUGAGUGUAUAUGACCCAUAUAGUUCAAUUUCACGCCUCACUCUUCAUAGACACAUAUAUGCAUAACAUGUUGAGGUGUCAAAGUUAAAUAAUCUAAACAUACAACUGUUGUGUACAUUCUUAAAAUCUUUUAUUUAUUUAUUAUUUAAUUGUGCCAUUUUUAUUAAUUAUUUUUUUUACUCUAGUUUCUCUAUGCCUUUGGUUAUAAUAGUUAGAUAAGAAUUUGAUAUAGAAACAUUUGACGAUUGAGUAGGCAGUUGACAGUCGACGCGAUGGUGAACUUUUUGAACGAACGAACCGUUCAUUUUAUAAAGUUUGGCUAAUAGAGACUGUAAUCACCAAAUUUAAAAAAAAAUCAUGUAAACAAAUUUAAAAAACAUGAGUUUUCAUAAUUUGUUUACCUAAAUUUUUUUUUGUUUGUAAAUACAUUAAGUAUAAAACUUAGAUAUUCCAAUAUUUGCACUAUAAUUUUGAGAAUUUACUCCAUUUUUUUUUUAUUUGGCGGGCGAUUUAAGUCUCUACUUUCAUUAGCCAAUCUCUACAGACAAUCGCACUUGGUCUGUUAUUACUGCGCCCAAAACUAAACGGAAUUCCCGGAAUGUACAUUGAAUGAUAAAAAAAUGCCUCGAAUCUACCACUACAGAUGAGGCAUUUGCAUUAUAAAUGGUGUCUCGUAAUUAAUGGAUGGAUUGAAAAUCCGAAACAAGAAAAAUAACUUGGUCACCCUAAGAAUUUUUGAAAAACUAUUCAAAUUAGUUUUAGAUGAUUAGGUCGUGUAUCUACGUUUGCGUUUGUGUUUUAUCCAUUAAUUACGGGACAUCCUGUAUAAGUUACCGGCAAUAUGUAUAAUCCGAUACAAUACAACGUAUAGAAUACGUACUUGUAGGUAAUAUAUGUAAUGGACAAUCAUAUUCAUAAUAUUUCAUACAUUGCCAGAACGCCCCAGGUAUUACACAGAUUUUCAUUUAUCAAUUAUACAGAUUGCCGGUAAUUAAUAUCCUUAUUAUAACAUUUACUUAUACAGUUUUAAACACGUCAUAUACCGCGGUAAAGUUAACAUUUUUGCAAAAUGAUACACACAAAUGUGUUCAUAAAAUUAUCUGGGACCCAAAUAACAUAAGGUAUCAUAUCUUCGUUAAGAUACAAAAAAAAAUGUAUUCCACGCCACCUCCCUCAGGGGUCUAAUCUAAGGGUAACUGAAGCAACCCUUUUGUUAACUUGGUACAAUACAACUUCAAAGUAUUGAUAAGAAGUGUUCAUCAUAAAGCGAACACCAGUGAUUUGGUUUACUUAACUUUAAAAAAAAAAAGAAAAUUUGCCAUAUCUUUUUAAUAUGACCAAUAUUCCCAUUCCCCUCCCAACUAGUCGGGAAAGACUGUAUUAGGAGUGGUUACUAGUAUAGUCCAACGGGGUGGGAUAGAACCACCACCCGUCGGUGAUGAGUUCGGGCGCUUUACCCUUGAUGCAGGCUUCAAAAUUAACUAUGAAGAAAAUUGAGCUUUAAAACUUAAUCCGUGUGUAUGAAUAUGGGGGUUAAAGUGUGAAGUCUAUAAAUUAAAAAAAAAACAUCCAUAAUAUUAACUUGCUUGAACAAAAGCAUAAUUUUGACACAUACGAAAUUGUACGCAAUUCCCAAGUGCGUACGUAUAUUUUUAGACCACAUUGUAUUCAGGUGUAUUUAACGUAAAUUACUCGUAAAUCGUACGUAAAAUAUUUCGACACGUGUGUAGUUAGAACAUAUCCCUCCCAUUAUGAAAUCUCAUCCAUCCAUAUUGAAAAAUACAUGUUUUUAACAACACUCUCGUCAAAUUCAAUGUAUAUUACCCCGGCAUAUAAGUUGAACUAAAAUAGGAGUUGUCUAAGCAGCCCCUGUAGCCAAGUGUUACGUCGAUUCUCUUUCUACGGUCGCAAACGCUUAGAAAACUAGAAAAUAGUAUGAGAAUGACAGAUCUUGAUCACGUGGCCUGUCGAUAGCAAAUGUCAUUCUCAUACAUUUUUCUAGUUUUCGAAGCGUUUGCGAUAGUAGAAAGAGAAUCGACAUGCCACUUACCUACAAGGGCAAGCAGUGUAGUCCGUGCUCUGUUGUUGUCCGGUAUAUUAAAGAUGUUAAGUCCGGCCGCUCAGAGAUUGCGUUUCAGCCACAUGGCUAGAGAGGUAGAUAGUGUAGUCCGUGCUCUGUGGUUGCCUGGUAUAUUAAAGAUGUCAAAUAAAGUCCGGCCGCUCAGAAAUUGCGCUUCAGUCAGGUCGUGAUCGAAUUGGCGAUGUAACUUUGAACUGGCGUACAACGUUGUUGAACUGCUCUGUUUCAGGGUUAUACCAACUGUUUGUCUUUGUCAAAAUAACAAGACAAUUGUAAUUGAAUAUGUUUGUCCCAUUCGAUCACGACCUGUUAGAAAUGCAAUCUCUGAGCGGCUGGACUUUUAUUGAAAUUUCGUACGCGAUUGUAAUGAAGUCAACGUGUUGCUAUGGUUACUCGUGGCACCUACAGUACGUCGCUAACCCCCAAAAAUGUGUUACUGCGUAUAGUUCAACUUACAUGCCGCUUAAUACAUUUUGGUUUAUUUUAGACGUAAUUUCUUGGUGAAUGCCAUACGAGAUCUAAAUGGGCGUUUCAUUGCAAUACCAGAGAUUAUUUCCCCAUUACAAUUUUUUUUGUCUAUAAAUAGAUAAGUUUGAAUUUAGGGUAAGUGGAUGUGUUAAAAGUUAAAAUAUGCAAGUCUAGUUUAUAACACAAUAUUGACGUAACAACAUUUUAUAAUUCGAUGGAGCCGGCUGCACACUCGAAAAAAGAUGACGUCAUGCGUCGUUCCCUCGUUCUAGGGUUGAAGAAAUGAGGUAUAUUCUGGUCUAUGGAGAUUAUUAAACAGUAUUUUAGAAAAACGAACAUUUUCUUUUGCAAAUGCAACCAUUCCAUCAGUAUUUUCUUAUGGCGUUGUCACGUUCAACUAUCAUCAGUAAACCGACUUUAUAGACAACCGGUUUUUUUUAAAAGAACUUUUAACUGGCCAAGCAACAGUUAUGUGUCUGUGUGAAAUUUCGAAAUUUAAAAUAACUGUGUUUUUCAAGUGCUAUCUAUGGCUAUGGCUAUUUACAUGAGCAAGCUAUUUUAAAAUUUUCGUCUGUCUGUCUUUCUGUUUAGUUUGUCCGGGCUAAUCUAUGGGUCAGCUUAUCCGAUUUUAAUAAUAUUUUCACUGAGAGGAGAGACUUCAUUCAGUGUUUUAUUUAUCCCAUGAAUAAUGAAUAUUAUAUCUUUUCAACUUUUUUUUAACGUUUACCAAAAACCCAUAAGUUAAAACUGGAAUGGAAACCAAGGAAUUUCGUCUAUCUUUUUUUUGAAAAUCAUUGUAAAUUAUAAAUAUCUUUCAUAUAUAUAUUUAUUUUUUAAUACUUGGUAACAAGAUUUGUAUCAUACUCCGUAGUUAGAGCUAGAACAUAAAUGAUUGUAGUAUUGUAGAAGUGCUAAUUUGAUUGUAUACAAAUCGCUAAUCUUCCCUGCCUCCCUAGCCAAGUGGCAUGUCGAUUCUCUUUCUACGAUCGCUAACGCUUCGAAAACUAGUAAGAUGAUUGGGAAUGACAUUUGCUAUCGACAGGUCACGUGAUCAAGAUCUGUCAUUCCCAUACAUUUUCUAGUUUUCGAUCGUAGAAAGAGAAUUGACAUGUCACUUGGCUAGGGGGGGCUGCUUACUCUGAGCACUACUGCGUUUACUACUUUCGAUGACCUCUUUGCCACAGUGGGUAGUGUGUUGAUCUAUGCUUUUUAACAGAGAGGUAAUGGAUUCGAUUUCCAGCGACAAUAGACCAACGAUGCCGGGUUCGAACCACCACCGUGAUGACUAAACGUUUUACCGGUGAGAUAUCGUGGUGUUCUACUUAGCCACUUGUCUAUAUCAUUUUCUUUAGAGAUUUGUGUACAAUGUAGCACUAUUAUGUAGAUCAAUUUAGACAUAACGUGGUGUUGCAAUUAGGCCCGAACUUGUAUUUUCAACGCAAUUUCGUAAAGGAGAUGGUCCAAAAUUGUAUGGAGCCCAUGAUCAGUCAUUGUACCCUGGCGGGAAAUAAAAGAAAAUAUUUUUUAUAUUAUACAAAUCAAAUUAUACGAAUUUACAUUAAUUUUUUCGAAAUUAUAUUCGUUCUCUCCCAAAAAAUGCAACACUAAUAAGCGUAGAUGGCGGAUUGAUGACAUUUUCAAUGCAGUAGUCGAUUUGACGUUUGCUGUCAAUUGUCAUGUCAUAGUUGCUUUACGGGCGCCAUCUAGAUUUAUCUCGAAAAUUAGGGUUUUCAUUUUAUUUAGUUAGAUUUAUUCACUUAUUUAGAUUUUAAUAAAAUCCUUGUAUUUUUUAAAUUUUAAUGAUACGGGGUACAAGAAUGGACCUGAAAUGGACCAUCUCCUUUAAGGCAUUUUUAAAUAUUUUAAUAACUGUAAUAAUAAGUUUUAAUAUUUUUUACUCUAUUUUUGUAUUUGCUAACAUAAACUUCUAAAAAAAUAGAUAAAUACGAAAAGUGCUUUACUGCUUAAGUAAAAUGAAUUAUAUUGUGUUCUGAACAUCCCAUUCUAUCAAUGAUUUGCUUAGCAACGUUUAUUAUAAGUCAUAAAAAGUUGUUAUUAUUUUUUUUUUCUACUUAUAAUAUUUAUUUUUUAAUAAGCUUAAAUAAUAUUCUUCAAGAUUAUUAUUCUUUUUAUUAGUUUCUGUAAAAACAUUAGAAUUAACAUUGAUGUAGUAAGUUAUAUUGUAUGCGCAUGAAAAAUAAUAGGUAUUAAUUAUUUUUAAGUUUUCGAAUUUUUUUUACAGAGUAUUAUGUAAAAAUAAAUAUGUAAUGUAAAAUUACGUUAUAAUAAUAUUAUUAAUAUAUAAUUUAUCAAUAGAGAGUUACAAUGUAAUUCACUCACAUCGAAAGUUAAAAGAUUUAGAUAUAUUUUUUUAAUUUAUGUUUAAGUUUAGUGAUUUCUUUAGCCUAUAGCAGUAGUCUUGCCAAUACAGUAAAAGCUCCUUAUUCAUGUUUUCAUUUUCGCGGAUUAAAAAACUGCGUCCCAAUUCCUAUAUUCGCUGCUAAAUAUUUCGUUAUUCGCGGAUCUGACUGACGAAACUGACGUAAAAUCUGCAAAUUUAAACUUUAACUUGCAAAUAAUUAUUGCCGAAAUUGCGAAUGGAUGGUUUAAGAAUGUCACUGCUUAAAAUCACUCUAGAAGAAGAAGUAUAGAAGCUUUUAAAAAAUGUCAAAAUUCUUCAAACCAUUGUCUAAGACUGAAGAUAAUAGUUAAUCAAUAACUUCAAUUAAUUGUUUUUUCUUUAUAUAUUUGUUAUUUAUUUUGUCACCCAAGAACGUGACCCUUAUAAUCCCAUAUAAAAUACCAUUCCAUAUUCACGGUUUCUGUAUUCGCGACACAUUUAGAGAACAUAUCCCCCGCGAAUAACGAGCUUUUACUGUAUAUAAAAAAUAUUUUCUGUAAUUCUUGCCGACGAUUUACUACUACGAAUUCAUUAUUACUUUUAACGCUUUUUAACGGUUUUAAUCAUGAAAUUCAUUGUAAAUAUUGAUGUUAGCGAUUAAAUAAUUUUUAUUAUUUUGCAAAAUCAGUGUAAUACCGGACUUUUGUUUAAAUCUUAUAUCAACGUUAUUUUAUCCAUACGGGCCUAAAUAACGGGAUUUUAAUGCACAGAAUUAUAGAAGCGUAUCUGACGCCUUUUAAAACGCUGAGUUUUAAACGCAGGGUCGAUUUUUUUUUAUAAAAACAGUACUUGCCAUAUCUUUUAAAUAUGACCAUUACCCUCCCAACUAGUCGGGAAAGACUGUACUAGGAAUGGGUACGACAAUAAACUAACGGUGCGAUGAUCGAACCACCACCCCUGCGUGAUGUGUCCCACCGCUCUUACCGUUAAGUUAUUGAGUUUUGAGGCUCUAUUUUGGGUUCUGUCAAUAUAGAAUUUAAUACUCAGCUUGAGAAUGAUCCCCUCGGGGUGCCUCUACGACUUCUAUGAAAUCUAACAGUAAAGACCUCAUAAUUUCAUCAUUAUAAUAAAGGCGGACUUACUCGAUAGCAAUUACACAUUUUGUAUGCUGUCAUAUCACAAAAUUCUAAUAGUCUCAUCGAAUAUUAAAAAAUAAAGCCUUAAUAACUUCAUUCGUCGAUGACUGAGCUCAAAGUAGUAGUAAAGUUGGAUACGUGACCACUCUUUUUCUUUCCAACUAAUCGAAAAAUACUUGAAAAAGGGAAAUGUUGUUCAAUAAUUCUGGUUUAACUAAUAAUAAUACCUGUAUAAUUUUUAAUAGUGUUGUGUAUUAUAUUUUUUUAUUAUCAUUUUAAAAAAGGACAAAUAAAUGAAUGAGAGUAAUUAAUUACCUAUAUUAAAAUUACCUAAAUUCGCAACUUAUCAUUCAAUCUAAAUUUGAUUAGCCCAAGUCAUACGUAGAUUUGCACGCCACUAAAACUCAGCGUUUUGGACGCGCGUUUCGAACGUCUGGUGUAAAUGCAUCAUAAUAUAAUAAUAAAUAAUAAUACACGUGAUUGACUGACGUAGUAUGUAAGCGUUUCGAUGUUUGGAAAUGUUAGUUCGUUUUGUAGUAGAUUUUUAGAAUGUUCACGCCAAAGUAUAUGGUAUAUAGGGUACAAGAAUAAUCAUUUUAAUUAUUAAAUUUAUUUCAUUAAUUUUAUUUUCGAUGAAAUACAUAACUUUUAAUAAGUUAGCCCGCUUCCAUCUUAGAUUGCAUCAUCACUUAACAUCAGGUGAGAUUGUAGUCGAGGGCUAACUUGGAAAGAAUAAAAAAAACUCCUGGACAAACUAUUAUUAAUGAUCGUUAAUAAUAGUGGUCUAACCUAACCUAACCUAACCUGGUAUCUAUAGCAUUUACCUUCCAGUAAACAGAUGGGUGAAGGUCGUUUUUAAUUCGGAUCUUCUAUAAAGUUAUUUUUUUUAAAUUUAAAUAGGCUUUUUACAAUGACAUUAUUAUUAAUAUGUACAAUUUAUAUUGAGUUUUUUUUUAUACUGUGGCGUGAACUUCAAAAAUGAGGUGUUGAAUUUUCUACCUAGUGAUGUUCUAUGAAGUGCUGUGCAUAUUUUUCUGUGACGAAAUAAAAUUUUGAGAAUAA